UUCUAUCCAAUUUUUGUACCAAUAAAGUAUUUGUUUUGUGAUGUUUGCAUAACAUUUUAUGCAUGUGCUGAGUUUCUUCUUUGUACAAACUAAGAAGUUGACAACCUUUGUAUUAAUGAGUCCAAGAUCUUUUUCCAUGAAGUUUGUAAAUAGAAUCGACGAUGAUGUGGAAAAUGGGAAGUUGGAGAUCAAAGAGAAGUCAAUACGCAAUAAUAUGCUCGUCACUGUACAGAACAAGGCCUUGCUAUCUGGAAUUUCAUAUUGUAUUUCUUCCUGUAGCAUGAUAUUAGUUAAUAAAUAUGUCCUUUCCAGCUAUAACUUUAAUGCAGGGAUAUCCUUGAUGCUCUAUCAGAAUUUUGUCUCGGUGGUGGUGGUUUCUCUGUUGAGCUUCUUCGGUGUAAUUUCUACGGAACCACUCACGUUGAGGCUAAUCAAAGUCUGGUUGCCUGUUAAUUUUAUAUUUGUUGGAAUGCUUAUAACAAGUAUGUUCAGUUUGAGGUACAUAAAUGUUGCUAUGGUCACUGUCUUGAAGAAUGUUACUAAGGUGAUUACUGCUGUUGGUGAAAUGUAUAUAUUCAACCGACACCAUGAUAACCGAGUGUGGGCUGCUCUUUUUCUAAUGAUAGUAACUUUGUUGUCUGCUGUGCGGAUUAUAUCAGCAGUCUCUGGAGGAAUUACAGACCUUUCUUUUCAUGCCACUGGUUAUACCUGGCAGAUUAUCAAUUGUUUUUUGACAGCAUCAUAUUCUUUGACUCUACGUAGAAUCAUGGACACCGCUAAGCAAGUGACAGAAUCUGGGAACUUAGAUGAAUUUUCAAUGGUUCUGCUAAAUAAUACCCUUUCACUGCCUUUAGGCCUUUUCCUUGUAUUACUGUUCAAUGAGGUCGAUUACCUUUCCAGGACACCACUACUACGAUUGCCAACAUUCUGGAUGGUAACAACCAUAAGUGGAUUUUUGGGCUUAGCUAUUAGCUUCACAUCUAUGUGGUUUCUUCAUCAAACAAGUGCCACUACAUAUAGCCUUGUGGGAUCACUAAAUAAGAUACCUCUCUCUGUUGCUGGUAUUCUUCUUUUCAAAGUCCAAACUAGUCUUGAGAACACUGCCAGUAUAUUUUUUGGCCUCUUGGCUGGAGUAAUUUUCGCCCGAGCAAAGAUGCAGGAGAAAUCUCAAUCCUAAAUUGUUGAAAACCUGUUUUUCUCGCUUUGUAGAUUAGCAUUUGAUUUGAAUUGUAAAGCAUGUUGUAUAGUCAUAACAACAUGAUUCUCUAAACAUCGAACAAUAGUAUUGAAAUGCAAUGUAACUUUAUCAGCAAAGAAAAAGUGUUGAAAUGCAAUGUGACCGAUUAAAGCAUAAUGGAUAUCGAAUAUUCAUAGUCAUCCAACUAGUUUGGGAUUGAGGUAUAGUUUAUUGAUCAUCGAU